GUACUACUACGUGCACGCCAACCUUUUUAUCACAGAGCCCCAGUGCUCGGUGCUCCCCUCUCCCCACCACCAACACCACCACCACCACCACUACUACCCCUCUUCUUCUACCUAGCUAGCUCGUUUCCAUCCAUCACUAAUCUAGCUAGCUAGCUCGAUCAGCUCUGUUCCCUCACUUCCCUGCUUAUAUACACGCCCCCCAUGUGUGCUUCCUUCCAUCCCAUGUGUCCUAGGUUAGCUAGCUGAUCGAUUAGCCUCGUCAGCUACAAGUGAUCGAUCGAUCGAUGUCGUGGUGGAUGCGGCAAAGAGGAGUGAGAAGCCAACCCAAGAUGAUGAUGGCGGUGAGAGGUUGCUGCUGCCGGGAGGUGGUCGUGGCGCGAGCCGUGUGAUUGCCUGCUCCUCCUCCGAUCCUGUGUGUGCAUGCGUCUCCGUGCACGGCGAGGAUGUGCGCCGGCUGCCGUGUCGCCGCCGCCGCCGGAGUCUCGUCGUGAGAGAAGCAAAAGAUCGAACACGUUGUGUGCGUGUGUGCGCGCGCCUAGCUGAAGCUCAGUUUCUUUGGUUGGAGUUGAAGCCGGCCGGCUAGCUAGCUGGCCAUGUGGAGCGUGGCGUCGCUCGUCCGGCAGGGGCUGCGGUGGCGGCGGCGGCGGCGGAGGAGGACGGCGCGGGUGGUGGACGAGAGCGCGCUCGCGGCGGCGGAUGGUGGCGACGCCGCCGCGCCUGCAGGUGGCGGCGGCGACGCGGCGGCGGUGGCGGUGGUGCCGAUGGCGAGCGUGGGCGCCGCGCUUGCCAGGGCGCUGCUGGCGCUGGCGUGCACCAUCCGCUUCGACGGCGAGGACGGCGGCGCCGGCGCGACGGAGGAGGCGUGGGCGGCCAGCGGGUGGCGGCCGCGCGCCGACGAGGUCAGCCACCUCAUGGUGCGGGAGAGCAUGCGCUACGCCAUCUACGCGUAGCCACAGUAGAUUAAUUAAGUAACUUAAUUACUAGGAGAGGUUAAUUAAUUAAGCACGUAUAUAUAAUUAUAUAUACAUGGAGCAUAUGUAUUUGUGUACGGUUUGGUAGGGUACGUGAUCGUAUACGUAUGUAGGUUGUGAUGCUGUAUAGUACAUCACUGUAUAGAGUACGCGUGAUGCAUCUUGGAUGUACGUGUAGGUCACUACUACUGCUACUACAAGCGCCAUGGUUCGUGACUGGUUUGUCUUGCCUAUGUGACAUUCUGAGUGAUUCAUGAUGUGUUCCUCUUUUGGUUUUUGGUUUUUGGCUCUUAAAUCUUUUAAACAUUUUGGUGAUGUUUGCGUGUGGUA